UGACGGUUCCAAUAUGGCGGCGCCGUGUCGCUGUCCACUCCCUCUGAGGGAGUCGCGUCUCUUCCGGAUCAUGGAACCCGGCUGCGGCCGGAGUCUUUGAGUGCCGUUUCCCGCCCUUCGGCGAAGGACCGGCACGGGGGUCGACGGCUCGUCACGGCCAUGCAGGAGCAGCAGCCGCCUCCGCCGCCCUCCGCCCGCGAGCAGGACACUCGUACCAAAAGCAUGUUCGUGUCGCGGGCCCUGGAGAAGAUCCUCUCCGAGAAGGAGGCGAAGCGGCCCCCUCACGGGCAGCUACGAAGAGCCUGCCAAGUGGCACUGGAUGAAAUAAAAGCAGAACUCGAAAAGCAAAGCCAAGGCAGCGUAACCACACCAAAAGCAAACUUCAUUGAAGCAGAUAAAUAUUUUCUGCCAUUUGAAUUGGCUUGCCAGUCAAAGUCCCCUCGAAUUGUCAGCACCUCCUUGGACUGCUUACAGAAACUCAUAGCAUAUGGACAUAUCACUGGUAAUGCUCCUGACAGUGGAGCUCCUGGAAAACGCCUGAUAGACCGGAUAGUCGAAACAAUCUGCAAUUGUUUUCAGGGUCCUCAAACCGAUGAAGGUGUGCAGCUACAAAUAAUAAAGGCUCUUCUUACUGCUGUCACAUCCCCAUAUAUAGAAAUUCAUGAAGGAACAAUUCUUCAGACCGUUAGAACUUGCUAUAACAUCUAUCUAGCCAGUAAAAAUCUCAUCAAUCAGACAACUGCCAAGGCUACCCUCACUCAGAUGCUGAAUGUCAUUUUCACACGGAUGGAAAACCAAGCAAUACAAGAGGCCAGAGAGCUAGAAACAACAAAUCAACAAAAAUCCCACUCUCCUAUGACUUACAGUGUGUCAGGGUCUCCAAAGAUUGGUCGACUGCAACAUAAUCUACAGGAGAGCAAACCUUCAACUCCUGUAAAAGCAGACCUGACUAAUGGUGAGCCAGAAAGUACAGAAAAUGGAGAGCGGAAGCCAAAGAAUGAUUUGACUCCUCCAGUAUUUGAAGAAGAAACUGAUGGAUGCAAACAAAUUAUUAAAGAAAUCUUGGAGGAUGUGGUCACUUCAGCUGUUAGAGUCUCUUUAGAAGAAGAAACAAAAAAGCAACCUGUGUCUGAACUGGGUAGAAUUCCGUCCGAGCUGGAAACUGCAGCCCCUGCCUCUCCCAGUGUUGUUAGUGAAAACUCACAAGCAAAUGGAAUUCCAGAUGACAGACAGUCAGUCUCUUCCACGGAUAACCUGGAAGCAGAUGUCCCUGGUCCACAGGCAGCUGCCAAGUUCUCACAUAUCCUUCAGAAGGAUGCCUUCCUUGUGUUCCGGUCACUGUGCAAGCUUUCAAUGAAACCUCUUGGUGACGGGCCACCAGAUCCCAAGUCUCAUGAACUGCGCUCUAAGAUAGUGUCCCUCCAGCUGCUUCUCUCAGUUCUGCAAAAUGCUGGCCCGGUCUUCCGGACACAUGAAAUGUUUAUAAAUGCAAUCAAGCAAUAUCUCUGCGUAGCAUUAUCCAAAAAUGGGGUGUCUUCUGUUCCUGAUGUCUUUGAGCUGUCUCUUGCCAUCUUCCUCACCCUUCUUUCUAACUUUAAGACCCAUUUAAAAAUGCAGAUUGAGGUAAGAGAGCCUUAUUGUUUUUUCAAUAUAUUGGAAAAUAACCUACUAGUUGUGAAGUUUUGUUGGCUUUGUGCGGUGUUCCCAGGCAAAUGAAUUCUCAUCAUGUAAACCUUUGUUUCAGAUGCCCAAUGUGUAGUGGACAUAUACGUUAACUAUGACUGUGAUUUGAAUGCUGCUAAUAUUUUUGAACGGCUAGUAAAUGACUUGUCUAAAAUUGCACAGGGACGGAGUGGACAUGAAUUAGGAAUGACACUUCUACAGGAACUAAGCCUAAGGAAGAAAGGUCUUGAAUGUUUAGUCUCUGUUUUAAAGUGCAUGGUAGAAUGGAGCAAAGACCUGUAUGUGAAUCCAAACCAUCAGGCCAGCCUUGGUCCCGAUAAGUCUUCUGAUCAGGAAAUGGGCGAAAGCAAAUGUUUGGAAAUGGGAGGAAGAAGGAGUAGUGCAAGCUCCUUAGAUUCAACAGUCUCCUCAGGAAUUGGCAGCGUUGGCACCCAGACCACACUCCACGAUGACCCUGAGCAAUGUGAAGUUAUCAAGCAACAAAAAGAGAUAAUUGAACAUGGGAUUGAAUUGUUUAACAAAAAAUCGAAGAGAGGCCUGCAGUACUUGCAGGAGCAAGGAAUGCUUGGCGUGACGGUAGAGGAUAUAGCACAGUUUCUGCACCAAGAAGAGCGCCUCUCUUCUAGCCAAGUGGGAGAAUUUCUGGGGGAUAGUAACAAGUUUAACAAGGAAGUGAUGUACACCUACGUAGACCAGCUUGAUUUCUGCGGAAGGGACUUUGUCUCUGCUUUGCGUAUAUUUCUGGAAGGAUUUCGGUUACCUGGUGAAGCCCAGAAGAUUGAUAGGCUAAUGGAAAAGUUUGCUGCUAGAUAUAUUGAGUGCAACCAAGGGCAGACUCUUUUUGCUAGUGCCGACACUGCCUAUGUUUUAGCAUAUUCUAUUAUAAUGCUUACAACAGACUUGCACAGUCCUCAGGUGAAGAAUAAGAUGACAAAAGAGCAAUAUAUAAAAAUGAAUCGUGGCAUCAAUGACAGCAAAGAUCUUCCAGAGGAGUACUUGUCUACUAUCUAUGAUGAAAUAGAAGGGAAGAAAAUAGCAAUGAAAGAUUCAAAAGAAUAUGCAAUUGCAACUAAAUCUACCAAGCCAAAUGUAGCCAGUGAGAAACAGCGACGGUUGUUGUACAACUUGGAGAUGGAGCAGAUGGCAAAGACUGCUAAAGCUCUGAUGGAGGCAGUAAGCCAUGCAAAGGCCCCUUUUACUAGUGCAACUCACCUGGAUCAUGUCAGGCCCAUGUUCAAACUUGUGUGGACUCCGUUGCUGGCUGCUUAUAGUGUUGGCCUUCAGAACUGCGACGACACAGAAGUUGCAUCAUUGUGCUUGGAAGGAAUACGAUGUGCUAUCCGAAUUGCCUGCAUUUUUGGCAUGCAGCUUGAGAGAGAUGCUUAUGUGCAAGCCCUUGCCCGCUUUUCCUUGUUGACCGCCAGCUCCAGCAUCACAGAAAUGAAACAAAAGAACAUAGAUACGAUCAAGACUCUUAUUACUGUAGCCCACACUGAUGGCAAUUAUCUAGGGAAUUCCUGGCAUGAGAUCUUGAAAUGCAUCAGCCAGCUGGAGCUAGCACAGCUCAUAGGUACUGGAGUUAAAACACGCUACCUCUCUGGGUCAGGACGGGAGAGAGAAGGAAGCCUCAAAGGUUUCACAUCUGGAGGUGAAGAGUUCAUGGGGCUUGGGCUAGGCACUCUUGUUGGUGGAGGAGUUGACAAAAGGCAAAUAGCCAGUAUUCAAGAGUCUGUGGGAGAAACCAGUUCACAAAGUGUGGUGGUGGCAGUCGACAGAAUAUUUACCGGGUCAACAAGACUGGAUGGAAAUGCAAUUGUUGACUUUGUUCGAUGGCUGUGUGCCGUUUCCAUGGACGAGUUGGCUUCUCCUCACCAUCCUCGCAUGUUUAGCUUACAGAAGAUUGUUGAGAUCUCCUACUACAACAUGAAUAGAAUCAGGCUACAGUGGUCCAGGAUAUGGCAUGUGAUUGGAGAUCAUUUCAAUAAGGUUGGCUGUAAUCCUAAUGAAGAUGUGGCCAUAUUUGCUGUUGAUUCUUUGAGACAACUUUCAAUGAAGUUUCUUGAAAAGGGAGAGCUGGCCAACUUCCGAUUUCAGAAGGACUUUCUGAGACCCUUUGAGCACAUCAUGAAGAAAAAUAGAUCUCCAACGAUUCGAGACAUGGUAAUUCGCUGCAUUGCUCAGAUGGUGAAUUCUCAAGCUGCUAAUAUCCGGUCAGGAUGGAAAAAUAUUUUUGCAGUAUUUCAUCAAGCAGCAUCAGAUCACGAUGGGAAUAUUGUGGAGCUGGCAUUCCAGACAACAGGACAUAUAGUUACCAAUAUUUUUCAACAGCAUUUUCCUGCAGCAAUAGAUUCAUUCCAGGAUGCCGUCAAAUGCUUAUCAGAGUUUGCUUGUAAUGCUGCAUUUCCGGACACCAGUAUGGAAGCAAUUAGACUUAUCCGGUUUUGUGCUAAAUAUGUUUCAGAAAGACCUCAGGUUUUGAGAGAAUACACAAGUGAUGACAUGAAUGUUGCUCCUGGAGACAGAGUUUGGGUCCGAGGAUGGUUUCCUAUUUUAUUUGAGCUUUCUUGUAUUAUCAAUCGGUGCAAGCUAGAUGUACGAACAAGAGGCCUAACGGUUAUGUUUGAAAUUAUGAAGAGCUAUGGCCAUACCUUUGAGAAGCACUGGUGGCAGGAUCUCUUUCGCAUUGUGUUUAGGAUAUUUGAUAACAUGAAGUUACCAGAGCAGCAAACGGAGAAAUCUGAAUGGAUGACUACUACAUGUAAUCAUGCACUUUAUGCAAUCUGUGAUGUAUUCACACAGUUCUAUGAAGCUUUGAAUGAGAUUCUUCUUUCUGACAUAUUUGCACAGUUACACUGGUGUGUAAAACAAGAUAACGAGCAGCUGGCUCGAUCGGGUACCAACUGCCUAGAAAGCCUCGUAAUAUUAAACGGGCAGAAAUUCAGUCCAGAUGUUUGGGACCAGACCUGCAAUUGUAUGCUAGAGAUUUUCAAAACAACAAUUCCUCAUGUGUGAGUAGAAUUCCAAAUGCGUGGAAUGGAGUGAAAUUCAUCUGAAAAGCACUUGGAUGUGGACCUGGAUCGCCAGUCUUUAAGCAGUAUUGAUAAAAAUGCUUCCGAAAGAGGACAGAGCCAAUUUUCGAAUCCCACAGACGAAAGUUGGAAAAGUGGCCCUUAUUCAAACCAGAAACUUUUUGCCAGCCUCCUCAUCAAAUGUGUUGUGCAACUGGAACUGAUUCAGACCAUUGACAACAUAGUAUUUUACCCAGCAACUAGCAAGAAGGAAGAUGCCGAGCAUAUGGCUGCUGCUCAGAGGGACACCCUAGACUCAGACAUCCACAUUGACACUGAAGAUCAAGGAAUGUACAAAUACAUGUCUUCGCAACAUCUUUUCAAGUUGCUGGACUGUCUGCAAGAGUCUCAUUCAUUCUCAAAAGCUUUUAACUCAAAUUAUGAACAACGGACUGUCCUGUGGAGAGCUGGAUUCAAGGGAAAAUCGAAACCCAAUCUUUUAAAACAAGAGACCAGCAGUCUGGCUUGUUGCUUGAGAAUCCUUUUCCGAAUGUAUGUUGAUGAAAACCGCAGAGAUUCCUGGGAUGCUAUACAAGAGAGACUUCUGAAUGUAUGCAGUGAAGCAUUGGCCUAUUUUAUUACUGUGAACUCAGAAAGCCACAGAGAGGCCUGGACUAAUCUUUUAUUGCUGCUUUUAACGAAAACACUUAAAGUCAGUGAUGAAAAGUUUCAAGCUCACGCUUCAACAUAUUACCCCUAUCUAUGUGAAAUCAUGCAGUUUGACCUGAUCCCAGAGCUCCGAGCCGUGCUGCGGAAGUUCUUCCUGCGUAUCGGUGUAGUGUUCAAAAUCUGGAUUCCCGAAGAACAGUUACGGACAACUGGGACCCAUUCGCUUGCAUGGUAGCUCCGUGGCUGCUCUUUCCCAAAUUCUAUUUAAAGAAUGAUGGCAGGAGGAGAGAAAUGAAUAACUAGGAGGUCUGUCUGAAGAAAAAGAAGAGAAACCUUGAGGGCCGCAGGGUUAAACUGAUCAAGCUGGUAUUUCUGAAGGAAACCUUGUCAUUCUGGCUGCCCUAUAAAAAUAGCUGUUAGCAUUUUCACAAUUUAAUGCAGUAAAUGUCAAGUCAUUCCUAUCACUAAGCUUUGUCUCUUCAAAUCUGUUUGCAAUGGUUCCCUCUUUUAAUGCCUUCCAGCGAAUUCCCCUUAAUCUGCUGGAAUUGAUUAAUGAAUGGAAACUAAUUCCCACAGAUAAUAGUUAAUAUAUGCAUAUAGGCUUGUGAUGCUAGCAAAUAUAUUAAUAGUUAAGAAGGGAGUGAAGAUCAUUGGAAAAAUCAUGCUGGAAUAUUUCUCCUUUCCUCGUUGUUGUGCAUCCAAUUUUAAACUGGGUCCCUUUUCUCAAAUGGUUUGGCAUGGUCUCUUCUGUAAACACAUAGCAAGAGGGUCCUUGGCUCGUCUGAGCCAGCAAAACUCCCAAGCGGUCUUUAUCUGCACCCAUCUAUAUUGCCAUCUAGCUGUAUGUUACAGAAUACAUGUAGUAUGGUGGUGCACAGGUAGCCAAUAUUGGAUUGGCUUGUAGCUGAUAGUUCUUUUUCCACCACACCUUGAUACCGGGAAAGAAUCUACACUGUGGUCUCCAACUUCAGCGAAGUCAUUUGUGAAGAGAUACUGUUACAAAGGAAAUAUGACACCCCCCAAAAAAACCCAGCACAAGACCAUUAUCACAGCCUCUUGAUCCAGUUUGAAAUCUCUGAUGAUUUGAGUGGGCAAGACUGUUGAGAGUUUUGGAAGUCCUGAUUUUUUUAUAUUUAAUAAUAUGGAGCAAAUGGUAAAAUGAAACUUUAAAUCUCUGAAGUGCACAUGGAAUGAAUUAAAAUUUAUACUGGUUGAUCAACCCUUUUCCUUUUUUGAAUAGUACCUAGAUUAUCAUUUGGGUAGACGCAGGCUAUCUUUAAGGUGUGUCAAGAUAUAUUGUAUUUUUACUGUGGAACUGAGAGAGAGGGUUGUUUGAUUGCUUGGUUAGUACUGAUUAUCAAUGGUGGUAUGAGGGAGAAAAAUCUGGUUCCUUUUGGGACCACCUGAUUAAUUAAUAUAAGUGCACAUGUACUUGCAACGAACGUCUGUGGGCAAUAGGAGGUAAAUUUGGAAUUUUAUCAAUGCAGUUCUGACUUUUGUGGCUGCAGGAUUUUUUGUUUUCUUUUGUAAGGCCACAUUUUAGCAUUCUUGACCCACUGAAGGCAAUAGUAGUUUUGUAAGGUAUGGCAGGCUAGCACCCAUGUAUAUUAUUUGUAUGAGAGGGGAAGAAGAAAAUGGAUUCUGUCCAAGUGUAUUAAAAUGCAAUUGCAAAA